AUGCAUUCGCUCAUACUUUUCCAUACUUUCCCAUGGCCCAUUCAUCCCAUGCUGCUUGUGCGCACCAGUGGAGAGGAGGCGGAGCUGCGGCGUCUGCAGGUUGUGAGGCCAGUCAUCCAUUCUCCCAUUCGUCAAUUUCCACGCCCCAACAAUCCCAUCUGUGCUUCUCGUGCAUACCAGUGGAGUAGAGGAAGAGCUACAGCUCCUGCAAGAGGUCACGCCAUACAUUCACUCAUUCUUUUCCAUGCUUCCCCUGCCCCAUUCAUUGCAUGCCCCACUCAUCCCAUUCACCGUGAUUCCCAUGCUACUGAUGCUCAAUGUGCUGCUGCUGCUACGCCCUGCACCCAACCAGAUGCUCUGGGUGCUGCUGCUGCUACGCCCUGCACCCAGCCAGAUGCACUGGGUGCCGCUGCUGCUACGCCAUGCACCCAACCAGAUGCUCUAGGUGCUGCUGCUGGUGCUACGCCCUGCACCCAACCAGAUGCUCUAGGUGAUGCUGCUGGUGCUACGCCCUGCACCCAACCAGAUCUGUCGGUGCUGCUACAGCGAGCGGCGACAGCGGGUUGA